CUAUGGAAUUGAAUUGCUUGACGCAUUUGUUUGAUAUUUCGUAAUAUUAAUUUUGGUAUCAAGCUUAAAACCUGUUCAUAAAAUGACUGGCGGAAAAGUUUGUCAGUUUUUUUUACAAGGAAAGUGCAAGUAUGGCGAUAACUGUUGGAAUGUCCACUCAAACCAAGGCGGACCCUUCGGAGGAAAAUCAAAUAAUCAAGGUCCAUUUGGAGGUAAACAGAAUAAUGUAUUUGGUGGUGGUGGCUUUGGAAAUAAAAAUAAUAAUCCUUUUAAUCGGAAUCAAUCGAAGCAAGUUCAGACAAUUAAAGAUAUGUCAACCCCUGAAAUCAUUGAUCACGUAAAAUCUGAAAUGAAUACUUGGGAACAGAGUAAAAUGUGGCCUUUUUCUUGUUUUUCAAUUAGCAAGGAUCUCCCUACUUUUCCAGAACUGAAUGAUAUGUCUCCCGAAGAGUUACGGGCUGAGGCGUACGAAGCUCAAGCUACUAAUAGCUUUCCUGCUUAUCAACAAAAAUUCAGCACAUUGGCUGCAGAAUUUACAAAGAAAAGGAACCAGCUAAAAAAUCCAGAUCACAUGGUCAAACAAAAUUUGACCAAAGUCAUAGAAAGUCAAUUACAAACUUUAAAUAACUCAAGCCAGUCAUCAGGAGGAAGCAAUAUUUUUGGACAAACAGUUUUUGGUCAAACGUCGAUGCAAAAUCAGCAAAAUGCUAGUUCUACUUUAUUUGGGAAGCCAGCUCCUAGUACAGGGGGUUUUGGUCAACCAGCUCCAAGUACAGGAGGGUUUGGUCAGCCAGCUCCUAAUACAGGAGGUUUUGGUCAACCAGCUAAUUCAUUCCUGAAGCCUGCAGCAGCUUCAGGAGGAUUCGGUCAACCUUCUUCUUUCGGAUCUCUAAAUCCUACACCUGCUCAGUCUACCAUUGGAUUUCAAACACCUGGCAAAACUUUUGGCUCAAGUCCUCAGCAACCAGUCCAACCGCUUCAACCAGCAGCUCCACUUCAACAAACUCCUCCAACAAAUCUAUCUUUUGGUGGUAUGAAUCAAGCUGCACAAAAUCCGAUUGCUCAAAAUCCAAUUGCGCAAAGUCAGCCUGCACAAAAUACAGCUCUGCCCAAUUCUUCCUCCACAGAAAACGAAGAUCCAUUAUAUUCGAAAUUAUCUGCUCUGAAUCCAGACGAACUCCGACAAUUUCAAGCUUCAGAAUUUAGUUUAGAUAGCUUACCACUAAAGCCACCUCCUAAAGAAUUAUGUACACAGAUGAAUAGAUUCUUACUUCCUGUUGUUUCAAAACCUCUUGCUCAGGAAAUUAAGUAUGGAAGUAAGGGAUGUAUGAGUAAUUCAACGUUAAAGUUACCAAGCGAUGACUUUUGUUCAAAAAUAGAAAACAAAACUGAGUGUAUCUACAAACAAAUUAACGGAAGCGAAAGCUAUGUUUGUGAAUGGGGAUACACGGGACAAGGUGUGCAGUAUGAAAUUGUUGCUGGAACUGCUUUUAUAGUGAUUUACACUUUUGCGGGAAUACCUCUGGGCAGCUUAGCAGAUAGAUACAAUCGGAAAAUUAUCUUGUCUAUAGCCAUUUUUGUUUGGUCAGUUGCUACGGUAUUGACUGGUGUGAUUCGAAAAUAUUGGCAAUUGGUUCUACUCCGAUUUCUUUUGGGUAUAGGGGAAGCAGGCUGCACACCAUUUGCAAUAUCAAUAAUUUCGGAUUACUUUCAUACUAAUGUUAGAGGUACAGCUAUAGGAGUAUACAAUUGGGGUUUGUACAUGGGCUACUCUCUGGCAUUUACUCUGGGAGACUUUAUUGUUGAUUUGAAUAUAAAUGGUCAGGGAUGGCGUUGGGUCUUCAUAUUAGGAGGUCUACCGGGUGUUGUUUUGUCUGGUAUCAUUUUAUUAAGUUUAAAAGAACCAAAGAGAGGCGAUUCAAAUUCUAAUUCUUCCCAAACAAGUGAUGAACAAAGUUAUGAUGAAUUGGAUAAUGAAGAUGAGCCUUUGCUUGCCGCUGCAGUAUGCAAAGAGGAUGGACAUAUUGUUACUAUUAAUGAAAAUAAAAGAUUUUCACAAUUUCUGUCAGCAGUCAAAGUAUUCUUAAGACCUUCGCUUUUACUCCUUCUUCUUGCCGGCUCAAUUAGAAAUUCUGGCGGUUACGUUUGGGCUUUCAAUACUCAACCAUUCUUUGAAAGUCUGGGACAAACAAGAAAACAGAUUGGUACUUUUAUGUCUUGGAUACCACUUGUUGGUGGUAGUUUAGGUGUACUUUUCGGUGGUUUAUUAUCUGAUUUGGUUGUUAAACGAUAUGGAACAUAUAUGAGACUUGCAGUGUUAAUUGUAUCCCAAAUACUCGCAGCGCCAUUUGCUGCAGGAGCUCUCUGGCUCCAUACUCCUUUAGCAUACUUUAGCUUGAUUCCAAGUAAUGUUAUUGGUGAAAUAUUUGUAAGUGUAGCUCUGGUGGUCGUCGUUGAAUUGGUACCAAGCAAUUUAAGGUCAUUAUCGGUUGCCAUAUACCUCUUCGUAAUAACGAAUAUUGGUGGGAAUGCACCCCUUCUCGUUCCUGUCGUUCAGAAGGCCCUUGAGAAAAGUUUUGAUAAGAUUUUAGCACUAAGAAUAACCUUAACGCUACUCUUCCCUGGCGUUUACGUGCUAGGAAGUAUAUUUUUUCUAUUAACGUGUCUUGUUAUGAGGAGAGAGGUCAUUAAAAGAAGAGGAAACGACGAAAGCGAGGCGCAGCGCCAUUUUAAAGACAUAUUUUUCAAUAAAAAAAUGAAUAAAACUGAAGCUGAAAUUUCUCAAACCAAAAAUUCUGGUAAACCAAAGACACCGAAGAAAACUGCUUUCAGCUGUUUAAGAAUAUGUUACAAAUUAUUUAUUUUAGUACUAAAGAACUUUAAACUUCACUUUCGAAGAAGAAAGAUAGCCCUUGGAAUGCUUGUCAUUCCUGUUAUAGCAUCUUUUACUUUCGUUCUUCUGGCGCUGAAAGAAAUUGGCGGUAUUAAUAAUAGAGAAGAUAGUAUUAGGGAUGCGCUGACUAAAACCACCCUUAAUGUCUCUUGCAUCCCAUACGUAACGAAUGUAACAAUAGGCUAUAGGGCACAAAUAAUUAAACAAGCCGAGAUAAUUCAUGUUUUGGGAUAUUUGAUCAAUCAGGGAAGGGAUGCUGAAAUGAAAGUAAAAAUGCAACAAAUAAGUAAAAAAGAACUGUCUGAAAAAGAAAUGAGAAAAUAUUUGUUUGUAAUUCUUUGGUCUAAAUCAAUCUAUGAGUAUACUUUAACUUUACCGUUACUCUCGGCCGAUGGAAAACUAUUUGAAUUGAAAGGGAAAACAAUAGAUUUUACUGAUCAGGAGUACAGUCUUCCUUAUGAAUUGUCUUGUUAUCAAUAUCUUGUUGAUCAAACUAUAAUCCAACUUCAUAAUGGAACUAAUACUCUGGAGAGAAAAGUUACUAUAAGUCGUAUUCUCAAUAGUGGAAAUACACUAAUUAAUUCUCACUAUUUAUUAAAAUACUCUGUCUUCUGGAUGCACCUUUCUCUCAGUUUUCUUAUAUUUAUUACACUCUCAGACCUACUAUCUGAGAGGAAAUCAGGUCGAAGGGAUUUUUUGAUAACCUUAGGUGCCAAUGGUUCACUACAAACUCUAUCUUGGAUAGUUAAGUCAUUUUUGAUAGCUGUUCUAAUACCUGUCAUAUUUUUAAUUGGCCUUAAAAUACCUAUAAAAGGAAUCAGCAUCGUGAAUUAUACGAGUGUUGGAGUCUAUCUUUUCUUCUCUAUUAUCUAUUGUUUUGGGAUUGUAUCUUUUAUGUUCCUUGGUAGUUUAUUAUAUAGUAAUUUAAAACUAGCUCACUACUUUUGGGCAAUUAUUCAUAUGAUUUUGCAGCUGCCAAUAUCGUUAUAUAUAAUUGAUGAUUAUGAGAAAUUAGAUCGAAAUUUGAAAUUAGCCCUAAGCUUUAAUCCUUGUAUGUUUUUGCAUUUUAGUUUUCAUCUUAUAGCAAAGUAUGAAAUUCUUGAUACCGCUUUUUCUUUUGAUAAUUUAUUGCAUCGUCUACCGGAAGACAAUGUCUCAGGAAUUGAGUUGGUGAUGAGCUCGUUAAUUUCUAUUUGUAUUGUGAGUUUUAUGUAUUUGAUUAUUAAUAAUUAUGAAAGGAUAAAACUAAGUAAGACUCUGAGGUUUUUAAACUGUGCUAGAAACUCUAACUCACAACUGCCACCUGCAAAUAGUGAUAAUUUAUUUGAAUCUAUGAAUAGUAGUUCUGCAAAUAUCACUUUACAAAACAUUAGCAGAUACUAUGGACGGAAGGCUGCACUGAGGAAUAUUAGUAUCAAAAUAAAAGAAAACUGUAUAACGGCUUUCUAUGGAUAUUCUGGUUGUGGUAAAUCAACAUUAAUGAAUAUCCUUUCCGGUUUAGAUAGAUCAUAUAUUGGUGAAAUGUUCUUUAGAGACUAUUUGGGUAAAAAGAGAUCUGUUUCUAAAAAUGGAGAAAUUGGGUUUUGUCCUCCAAAACUCUCUUUGUAUAGUAGCCUAUCUAUAAGAGAGCAUAUAAAAUUAGCAAUGAAUCUGAAAGGAGUUAAGUGUAGUGAAGAAAGUAUGGAGAAUUUAUUGGUAAAGUAUAAUAUAGACAAAGAUUUGAGCGAACUUUACAAAGAUCUUUCUAAGAUUAAUCAAAAGAAGCUGUGUUUGUUACUAGCUCUAACAGGACCUACCGAAAUUCUUAUAAUAGAUGAACCUACUGUAGGUCUAAAAAUUAAUCAAAUUCGAGAUAUCUGGAAAAUCUUGAACAGGGAACGUAAAGAUGGCAAAACAAUUAUAAUUGCUACUCAUUUCUUAGAAGAAGCUGAAAUUUUAUCUGAUACAAUUGCUUUUAUGUCGGAAGGCGUUAUAAAAUGUUAUAGUAGUUUGGCAGAUCUAGAAAAGAAAUUAGAUGAAAAUUAUCGUCUGAAGAUAACUAAAGAUCCUUUUAAAAUCUUUAAUUAUGCAAAGAUAAAUGAAUUUAUGAAUGAGAAUAUGAGAGAUUGCAGUAUCUUAGAAGAAAAUAGUUUAGAGCAGAUCUGGACAAUUCCGAAGGAGAAUUUUGAUUCUUUACCAAAAUUAAUCGGCUUUUUCGAAGAAGAUUCAAUAAAAGAUAAUAUUGGUUUUUCUCACUAUGUUUUGAAAACACCUUCAAUAGAAGAUUUCUUUCACAAAAUUUCAAAUAUGGAAUCAUCAAUGAGUCUUUCAUCAGGUUCUCUCUAUUUUGGAAGCUUUAAGAAAUACAGUUCUGCUUUUAUAUUUUUCAAUCAUCUUAACGCAAUGAUGAUGAAGAGAAGAGCGUUUUUUAAAAGAAAACCAUGGACUCUCUUCUCAUCUUUAAUAAUUGCUAACCUAUUUUUGAUUCUUAUUGCAAUAUCAUCGGCUGAUAUUUUUAGGAAGAAUAGCUUACUCACCUUUCGCAGAUUGAAAAGAACUACGGAUAUUGACAUUCAACCUAGCCGUUUUCAUAAUGCACAGCAUUUAAUAGCUUAUCAGAGGGCAGAGAAUGAGGAUUUUACUUCGUUCUUAUAUCAAUCGUAUAGAGAUUUUGGUAUUAUCAGUCGAGUUGAAAAGGUUAAGAGUAAAGCGAAAUUAACGUCUAUCAUUCUUCAAAGUAAUGAUUCCAAUUCUGACAAGAAAAAUAACUGGAAAUACGAAACUGUCUUUUGGAUUGAUGAACAGGAUAAUAUUGAAAUAUAUUACGGUUCUAGAUAUACUUUGUCCAGGUUCUUUGCUUUGAAUGUUCUGAGUAACGCUUUUAUUAAAAAGAAUGGACAGGAGAUGCCAAUUCGGAUGCACUUUAAAACAUUCGAAAUAGAUCUAAAUGAUAAUUUCAAGGAAUCUAACAAGGAAGAACCAAAAUUCUUGGAAAUAAUGUGCCAUUUUAAUGAUUGGUAUUAUGCAGUAACAUGUUCAAUUUGUAUUGGAAUUUGCAUUGUAAUUUCUUUGAUUCCAUCAUUCAUAUUGAUAAUUAAAGAGGAAAUUUAUGGAUUUAAAGAUACUCAAAUCUUGUGCGGUCUCUCUAUAAGGUGUUAUUGGUUGUCUAAUUUAUUAGUAGAUACUAUUAUAGCAAGUUCACCUCUACUAUUAAUUGUGCCUUAUACAAUAUAUAAUGGUUCUCUAAUAUUAUCUAAUGCAUCAUCUGCACUAAUAAUACUGGUAUUCUUUUAUGAAAUAGCAUUUAUUUCAUUCAUUCACCUAACUAUAGCUGUCUUACCAAAUUCCUUUAUAUCAUCAGCAAUUGUAACAGUUUUAAAUAUUGUAGUAUUGAUAUUCUUUCAAAAUUUUUCACUAUUAUUCUGGAGUGAGAUAAUAAAAUGGAGAAUUGUACCUGUUCCAUCUAUACAGUAUAUUUAUUCUCUGCUUCAUCCUAGCAACUCUUUGACAAAUGGACUAAUAAAGCUCUUCAAUAGGAAAUAUUGUAAUACGUUAAAUCUUCCGUAUUUCCAUUCUAAUCUAUUUGGUAUUUAUUCUGAUGUAAUUACUCUUAUCAUUCAAAUUCUUGUUUAUCAAAUACUCAUAUUAAGAAUUGAUUAUGGAUCUUUUAAGAGUUUUUUUAAAUAUACUAAAUCAAAUAGAAAAAAUCGAAAGAUUUCUAAAAGAACUAUCUCAAGAGAAGGAGAGUUUCAAGUUCAAAGUGAAGCUGUUAUUAAAUCUGCUUCUGAACUUCAACAAAACCCAAAAGAAACUGUACACAAUCAUGAGAAGAAGGUAAAAAAUAAUCUAAGGGCGUCUAUUAAAAAAAAAGCUAUUGUUUUUAAUGAAAUUGGACAAAAACUCUCUACCACCGAAAUUGGUCCUUUAACUCUUGCUGUUGACCUAAAUGAUUCGCUAGGAAUUUUAGGAAAGUAUAGACAUAGGAGAACAGAAUUAUUGAACAUGAUCGUAGGAAAAAGACGUUUUUCCAAAGGUUCCUUAUAUGUUAAUGGAAAGAAUGUUAAUGAAGAUUUAGCUAAUAUUUAUAAGGAAAUUGACUAUAUACCUGCUUGCUUUCCUCUUCUCAACGAGUUAACUUUAAGAGAAACUUUAACAACCAUUGCUCAGCUAUGCGGUUAUAGAAAUAGUAGUAUAUAUGAAUUGGUUGAAAACAUCUUAAACAGUAUAUCAUCAAGUGAUUUUGGAGAUUUUCUUAUAAGAAAUAUUUCAAAAGGACGUAAAAAGUUGUUAAGGCACGGUAUAAGCCUUUUAAAAGAACCUAUAUUACUACUAGUAGACGAACCAUCGGUGGCUUUGGAUAAUUGUAAAAAGAAGAUUGUUUGGAAUUUGUUAAGUAACUUUAUAAGGGAUGGUAAAACAUUGAUAAUAAAUACACAGAAUAUGGAGGAAUACGAAAUACUCUGUAACAAAUGCGCUAUUAUUUCCAAUGGACAUUUAAUUUGUUAUGGAGAUAAGGAUUUUUUAAUUGAACAUUUUACUUCCGGUUAUAAAAUAAACUUGAAAUUAGGUAAAAAUCAUAAAACGCCUUUUGAUAUUCGUCUAAAAAGUUUUGACAAACAAUGGGCGUCUAUUGAGAAUAAAAAAGUUUGUUUAAAGGAUAACGGAAAUAUUGAAAUUCUUUUACAAUCGCCAAGUAUAAAUUGGUUUGAAAUUUUCCAAACUUUGAAAUAUUGUAUGACAAACUACGGGAUAGAACAUCUAUCUAUUCAAAAACGUUCAAUAAAGGAUGUACGUAAUUUUAUACUAUAUAAAGAAAAAGAGGAUGCUGAAGAAAAGAGCGAUCCAGUCUAUGACGACAAAAUGUGAAGAAGAACUAUUGAAAGAAGAUAAUCAUUAUUUUGCUGGACCGAAUGGAUCUACCUGCAAAAAUUGAAUAUUUUUUUUAAAUAUCUUAUAUGUUUGUUAUUUU